GUGAAUGGAGAGAGUGCGGCGGCCAGAGGAAGCAAGCCAUGUGCUAAAGGAGGAACAGGACGCGCAAGAGAAAAACCACCGUGACUAAAAAGGGGGGAAAUAAUGUCAGCUCCACUGGUCUGUACACCACACACAGGGACGACAGUAGAGCGAUACCAGACACGAAGCGAAAUUGGCCUUUUCUCCACAGCAACCCCAAACGACACAGGAAUAGCAGCAGCAACUUCGCAAUUGAUGCGGUGUUCCAGUUUCUCCACAUCAUGCUUUGGUAGUGGCGUUGCAUGGAUGACGCAGUAAACACGUAUCAAGAAGGCAACUUAUCAUAUUGAUAACUUUUGCCUGAGAAUAAAACUGAGGACAGUAACCACGGACGACAUGAAAUAGUUGCGGAGAAGAGCAGGACGUUUCUUGUGAGACUUGGAUUUAUAUCCCUCUGCUGCAACAUUGUGAUAUUUUGAGUUUCUUCUGAAAGAACAAGAAUCGGUCGCUUGACUGAAACAUCUCACAAAACGGACCGAAAAACAUUGCGUUGAACGGACAUCGUCAAACGUGCAAAUGUUUAGAAUAAAAAGCAUAUUGAUUUGGAAGACCAUAAGUUCUAUUUACGACGAGGAAAGUUUUAGAAAGUAGCCUAUGCCAUGCUGGAAAGGAAUGGAUUUAAAGGACAAACAACUGUAUACUUGGCGUCAGUGAAUAUCAAACAAGAUAUGAUGAAUGUCGCGCAAUGUGUUCAAAUAAGGCAUUCAUCACUUACAGUUAUUGAAGAAAAUGGAUUUUAAUAGUUAUUGUAAGGGCAAAAGGAGAUCAACGAGCUGAGUCACACAUUGAUGAACCUUCAUGGAACAUAAUCAAAUGUAACGUCAUAGUCAGUGCUGCAUCUGCUUGGACUUCUCACUAAUGUUCUCACCAUUGGGAAUGUAUAGCUACAUGGGUCUACAUUGUAAAUCUUCAACUGAAGACGAAAAACUACGGCCGAGAGCACCUGGAAUGUGAAUGUGGACCGCAACCAACCUCGUGCAUCAUGAAUAACACCAGGUCCAUUUGAACAUGCAGCGGAAAACACUGUAGUUGAAUCAGUAUAACUUAUAGACAACAACGCGACGAAUUAUAUAGCCCUGUACUCGUAAUGGACAAGAACUGUUUAGCUUUUCAAAUGGAGUUGACUCUUAUGGUUGUUGCCCUCUUAUCUUGGGUCGCGGUGUGGGCGGACGACAGCAAAAUAAUAUCAGACAGAUAUGCAGUCUACUGGAACAGCACGAACCACAGGUUUCUCCAUGGGGAGUACACCGUGGAGGUGGCCAUCAACGACUACCUGGACAUCUACUGCCCCCACUACGAGGACCCGCUCCCCCUGGAGCGCAUGGAGCGUUACAUCCUCUUCAUGGUCAACUACGACGGCUACACCACCUGCGACCACCGCAUGAAGGGCUUCAAGCGCUGGGAGUGCAACCGGCCACAGAGCCCCAACGGACCGCUCAAGUUCUCUGAGAAGUUCCAGCUCUUCACUCCCUUCUCACUAGGGUUUGAGUUCCGGCCGGGUCACGAGUACUACUACAUCUCGUCUCCACACCCUAACCUUGUCGGUAAACCCUGCUUGAAGUUGAAAGUCUAUGUCAAGCCCACAAAUGACUCAGUGUAUGAGUCCCCAGAGCCCUUCCUGACAGACGACAGCACCGGUGGCUGUUGCGUGGCCGCCCCCUGCCUCUCCCUCAUGCUGGCCAUGCUGCUCACGCUUCUCGUGUCCUCAUCAUAACAUCUUGGGCCCGCCGGCCUUACCCCCUUGAAACAGCCCCCACCCGACUUCCCAUCAAAUCAUUUCGCCUCUGCCCCCUGCGAGGAGACAUGCCUCUUCCACACACCCUCUCCCCACGCCUGUCCUCUCCUCCUCCCAUAUCAGUCUACUCUCCUCCACCUUCCACCCUCAACCCCUCGAUAUGCACCAUCUGGACACUGUAAACUCAUACUGCCCCUCCCUCAGAACCCUCCAACUCCUCAGCGUAACCCUUGCUUCAUGACCUCUGGCUUCUGACCCUCAGCUUACAGCUCAAGUCCAGGUUGGCUAUAAAGUGGAGUAGUCCUGGGGACCAGGAAGGAGUCGCUUAAGGACAAAAAGGAGUCCCUUAAAGGCAGGAAGGAGUCCCUUAAAGGCAGGAAGGAGUCCCUUAAAGGCAGGAAGGAGUUCCUUAAAUUCUUUACAAAAAUAGCCUCCCAGCUGCAGAGGAGCGCUGGGAUGUGCAAGAAAUGGAUGGGGUUUUGAACCGAACUGAGCACAAACUCCCCUCCUACGUGUCUGGAUGGUCGACAGUGACUGUUGACGUCGACAGUGACGUCUUCUCCACUUAAGCACCCUCUCAUGUGCAUCUUCAUCUUCGGACUGUUUGUGUUUCUCUUUGAGUCUUUGUGCUUUGAUUAUGCUCAGUAAUGUCCCACUUGUACAUGUUCAUUCUGUUACAGUGUAUUAUACAGUAGUAUAUUACUUUGUCACGUUGGCUCCUGUGGUGAUAGAUCAUAGGUGAACCUCUCUCUCUCUCUCUCUCUCUCUCUCUCUCUCUCUCUCUCUCUCUCUUGUGUGUCUCUGACCAGUCUCUCUCUCUCUCUCUCUCU